AUGCAACAAGAAUUUCAAAAGCAAAAUCAGAGUGUUUCUCAACAGCCAUUGCAAAAGUCGACUAUUACUGCAUCACAAACACCACAGCCACAGUCACCACAACAGCAAAAAAUACAACAAGCAAAAAAAGUGUUACCUGUACCUGGAUUUUCAGAGGAGCCCAUCGAAGCGCCAUUAGUUUUCCAAUGUAGCGAAUGUUUAAUAAUUGUCGGAGAUUCCUUUGCAUGGGUAUCAGCUGACCAGGAUUUAAGUAGUAUAGUGUUAUUUGGUUGGUUUCCAAAAGAACUGUUCGCAAAACCUAAAAAUUUACGGGUGGGUGAUGAUUUAUUUUGGUCAAAAGAGGGAGUUGAUGUUGGAAGUACUUUCAAAAUGACUUACUGUAGUGGAUGUAAUAAACCUAUUGGUAAAGUCUAUCAUACAACACCUCGGCAAUUUGAUUAUCUACGAGAUUUUUACACAGUUAAACUCGAAAAUGUUGCGAUAUAUCAAUUGGGAACAUAUAUUAAAGGCGAAAAAAUACCACCUGAUAUGAUUACAUUUCCAAGUUCGAAAAGCUUACAAAGUUCAAUAGACAUGGUAAAAGAUGUUAUACUAGUUUUGAAUGAUCGUCUAUCGAAAAUGGACGAACGGUUAUUAAAAAUCGAAAAAUACUUUUCGAAAAAACCAACAAAAAAGAGUCAAUCAGAAAGUUCUGGCGUCUCUGAAAGCACGCUUAGUCCCGAAAGUAAUAUAAAAUAG